AUGCGCUUUCUUAUCUUUGUUGCCCACGCAGGCCUUGCAAUUGCCGCUACGGCCCCAGGCUGCCAUUUUUGGGUCAGAGAAAUUUCUACGGGCCAGAAUGUCGGUCAAGGCUGCGUCGGAAAGGGCUGGACAACUUAUCCUUGGGCAGCUAAAGCCCGCGUCGGUGUCACGGCGGACCAGUCAUGCAAUCUCAAGACAGAGAGCACCACAUACGCUGCUCAGUUCGAUGGCGAAUGCAUCGCAACUGUACAAGGCAAAUAA